CAGAACACCAAACAACAUUCACCUUUAGCUGCUAUCUUGUAGCUUAAUAUGACAUCGCUUUUCAUCAAACCUGCACUCCUUCGAUGUAUAGUGCGGACACGUAGGCUCAUGACCGAGCAUCGAACAGAGAACAUAUUAUGUUCAGAGAAAAGUUAUUCCACUGGAGGAGAUAAUAAAGGGCCCAAAAUAUACACCAAAACUGGAGACAAAGGUUUCUCCAGCACAUUCACGGGAGAGAGAAGGCCAAAGGAAGAUAAUAUUUUUGAAGCCUUGGGAAAUACAGAUGAGCUGUCAUCAGCUAUAGGACUGGCCAGAGAAUUUUGCCUUGACCAAGGUCACACAUUCACAUAUCAGCUGGACAAGAUACAGUGCAUUUUACAAGAUGUGGGCUCCAAUGUUGCUACCCCUCGAUCUUCUGCAAGAGAAAGUCACAUAAAGAGAACAAAAUUUACUGCUCAGCCAAUUGCAGACCUGGAAACCUGGAUUGAUAAUUUUACAGAAGAACUCCCUCCACUCACCAAUUUUAUUUUACCAUCUGGUGGGAAGAGUAGUGCUGCUUUGCAUUUAGCUCGAACAGUCUGUCGGAGAGCAGAGCGCAGUGUUGCUUCAAUUGUGCGCUCUGGGGAGGCAGAUCCAGAUGUUGCCAAGUUCCUGAACAGGCUGAGUGACUACCUGUUCACACUUGCCAGAUAUACAGCCAUGAAGGAAGGCAACGAAGAGAAGAUCUACAAGAGACCUGAAUAACCACAAUCUCACAUGAUUGAACAAAAGCUUCAUUUUAUUUUAAAUAUUCAACGCAGAUACUCAAUAAAUCAGUCUGUACAUGUACAUCCA